UGUCGCACCCGGAGCGCCUCCGCGCACGGACUGGUUUCCUGUGCGGACCGGCGUCUGCAUGUGUGUGUCCGAGUUGUGUUGAUUAAAGUGUCGAUUCGUCACAGACGCACAAACCGCUCGUGUUUCUCUCUGGAAUCGAACCCACGGAGGUCGAGUCAUGAACCACGUCUUUCGAACGCUGCAGGCGUCUCUCGCUCGUCAGGUGUUCCUGUGGAAUCAAACACUUCCUUUGUGUCGGAACACACCGAGCAUCCAGCAUCCUGUCUGGAGCUCAGCGUCAGCGAACGAGGGACGAUACCACAGCAUGCCGACGCACGGGAUCGGCAGCUGGAAAUAUCUUUUGAAAAAGAAAGCGCAAAAGAAAAAGAAAGACCGGCAUCAGAUGAAGCAGAUCGUCGCGGCGACGGACUCGACGUACGGGACGCUGAACGUGAAGGUGUCGGGCUACGACAUGACGCUGGUGGAGCGCUACACGCAGUACGUCCACCACCUCUGCAACCGGCUCAGCAUCAAAGUGUCUCUGUGCUACGCGUUGCCGACCAAGACCACGGAAGUCAUGCUGAUGCAGGAGCACGGCACCAAGAUGUACGUGGACGCCGUGCUGAGGACUCACGAGCGAGUCGUCCAGUUGAACAGCCUGAACACGACGCUAUGUCCCGUCUUCAUGGACGUGCUCUUAAAACAUCAGCCGGAGGGAGUUCAACUCUCUGUGAACGAGCACACGGAGGCCGAUUUCAAAGCUCGGUUCAAGGCUCGUCCAGAGCUGCAGGAGCUCAUGACUCACAUGAACCAAUGAGAGCUGUGGGAUUUCCUCAUGUGACCUGUCUCACGCUCUGUGUUUAUCCCCUGGUGUCCUCAGCUGAACGUUCGCUUUGAGAUAACUGCUCUGUAAAUUAAAGUGUAUAUGAACUUGUUCUAAGAAAUUAAAAUGUAUUUGAAAUGCA